CUACUAUAUCGAUGACACUCUAUAAGAAUGCGUCUAUGUCUCCUCAUAGGACGAUCUCGAUCACUAGCCGCAAACCACACAUGGUUCCAGAAAUUCGGGUGCUUUCCUACCCUGUCACUCGUGACGUGUAGUUGCGAUCCCGCCGCAGAUCGUCGGUUAUGUAGAUAUAUGAGUACCGCAGGUGAUCCGCCUAGGUGCCAAUGGCAUACUAGAGGCACACGUAUGUGCGUGUGUACGUAGGUAGAUAUAGGCAGGGGAACCAAGGGACCGCAGUGAGGGAGACGGGAUGCGCGACCGCUCACCGGACGGGCGCCUAUAGCGUAGCAUAUAGCAGACGAAGGACCAACGAACGAAAAGGGGCCAGAGAGGGAGGAGAGUGGACCUAGUCGGCUACCGGCACUCUGGCGUCGCAUCUACAGGGACUUAGCACGCGUGGCCGGGGGCCGUACAUGGCAGCGGGAGUCUGCACUUCGUGGCCCGGAUCCAGAGAGACGGGCGGGGGAUACUAUGGAUAACGAGUUAUGCGCUAUCCUCUUCUAUCCGGGGUGUUUCGUGGGUAGGUAUCGUGAGAAUUCGCAGGAAGCAUGCGAACGUCACUCACCUAAGCU